AAACUUCAAAACACGCGAGUGCAAAUGUGAUAAAACGUGAUCGUGCAUUCUAAGUAAUUCUCUUUCGAACAUUAUACGAUUAUUGAAGGUUAUACGCAAGACGAAACCAACCUCAUGAACUGGAACGGGAUGAAGCUAUUGAAGAAAUCUGAUCCGCGAUCUGCAUAUCCCCAGGGAGUGCGAUGCCAAAAGUGUCUGGAAAUGGGACACUGGAGUUACGAAUGCAAAGGCAAGAGGAAAUACCUACAUAGAUCUUCUCGCACUUCACAGUUAAAGAAAGCUAUACAAAAGCAAGAGAAUGGUGAUGAUCAAGAGCAAGAAAAAGAAGUAAAGUAUCAUCAUAACAGCAAAAAAAUGAGAAAAGAGGAUUCCAGCAAUUCAAGCGAUUGGAGCAGCAGUUGUAGCACUUCCAGCAGCGAUAGCAGUAUAAGUUCUAGUAGUAGUAGUAGUAGUAGUAGUAGUUCUUCGGAUAGCGAAUCGGAUUCUAGCGAUAGUGUGUCUAGUAGCAGUAAUAGCAGUACUACUAGUAGUAGCAACAGCAGUCAUGGUUCCUACAAAAAGAAAUAA